AUGCCUUCCUUCACCACCGACGAAGUCCGCCCUCUGGACAUCGUCAGCGCUCUAGUGCGAUUUCUCGACAAGCUCGACUAUCAGGACACCAAUCUCGUCAACUUCGACGCCCGGUUCAAAGAUCUCCAAGACUGCUGGACUCUCGUCGCGUCGCACUUCGAGCAACGCCUUCGCAACGGCACACUACGUGCGAGCCCCAAGCACGUGUGGCACGCCAUGCGCACGGGCAUCUGCUUCACCGUCUGCACGUGGGCGCACGCCUCCCUCUCGCUCCUGGUCGAUAUGAGCAUCUUCUGGAUCUACACCGUGCUCCUGGACGACGACUCUGCGAAAGACGGCGCGAAUUUGAACACGGGGUCUUUUGUGAUGGAUCUCAUCAACGGCACUGGGCAGCAGCAUCAAGUUUGGCGCUUGAUGAAGGAGCACUUCCCAGCCCUCAUGUCGCACUAUGGCCCUUUCUGCGAGCUGACGAUCUUUCGCAGUAGCUUGGCUUAUGUGCAAGGCUGCUGGAUCGAGUCGCACGGCAUCCUGGGAGAUCGUGGGGCUGAUCUCUAUCCGACAUUUCUGCGAAACCUGACAGCCUUGCCUGAGGCUUGCGCUGGUGGACUUUUCCCCAAGGACAUGUUCAAUGAAGAAGAGCAUUUGCAGGAUAUGGCGAUUUUGAGUGCGCAGUUGACACCUUACGUGAACUCCGUAAACGACCUACUCUCAUUUUAUAAGGAAGUCGGCGACGAUGAUCAGGUCAACUUCGUGCGAGCGUACUGUCGCGUCCAUGGUGUGACGAUGCAAGAGGCGUUGAACCGGGUCGCCGACGACGCCAUCCACUCGCUUGAGCAGCUCAGGGCUGUCUUCAACAAAGAAACGGCGCCAGCUGUCAAAGCAGUCGUGGACUCAUGGAUGCAAGGCUAUGUGACAUUUCAUUUCUGCCAAGAACGGUAUCGACUAUCUGAGGUUUAUGAGGAGUGUGGACACACGCCCGAAGAGGGAAGCUUUCGUCGGUGGUACGAUAUUAUUCGGUCUGGGCGACCCGACUCCAGUGAGUGGGCCAAGCCGCUGGUACUGGAGGUGGUUAGUCGAAACGAACCGAAGAGUGAAAUCUUCACGCACGUUAUGGGGGAAGCAGAGUUGACGGACAGCCAUGAGAUUCUCAACCCUGUCGUGGAGGAAGCGAAGCUGACAGACACCCAUGAGAUUCUCAACCCAGUCAUAGGUGGAGAGAAGCUAAACAAGAUCCACGAACAUUUCACGUCAGUCGUCGAAGAAGAAAAGCCCAGUACAAGUCCUGGGUGUUGCGUGCAGGUGAUGGUAGGAGCGGAGCUGAAAGAGGACCAAGUACAAGCCUAG